GGCUGAUUUGGUGGGUUCCUUGACAUGGAAAAUGGAGUUGUAGAAUUUUCUUGUCAUCUUUUUUCCCCACAUCUGCCACACAUAAUCGACUAGCCAAACAUGCCAACGGUUAUAUGGCAUUUUUCUUUUGCUGUUUUUAAAAUGAUACAGAUAUAAAAUUUUAUUGUUUAUCGAUUAUGAUGUGAUUAAUUUGGCCGUUUUACGUGUUGUGUAGAGGCCUGGGCAUUGUUGGAAGAGCAGAGAGUUGUGGCUGGCUGCUGUCUGUCAGCAGCAUUUAUUCAGACUCUCUCCGCUGCGUUUGCCUUGUCUCUGCACUCUGUGUGUAUGUGUAUUUUGAUCUUGACGCAAACAGGACAGAGUGCCGCUGUUUACUCAAUGCCAGUAAUCUGCACAGAUACAGGUUUAAAUUAUCAUUCAGCAUAAUAUUUGCCCAAUAUAUCACACGGACACUUUUCCAUCGUUUAUAUUCUCCGUUUCCCCCAUUUUGAAUAUCGUGAUCAACCGUUUUCGUCACACGAUAAUACCACCCCUUCAUUCUGCACCGUCGCGUGCAUGUUUUUUCCUCCUUUGUCAUCGUGACUGUGGGGUGUAAUCGUUGGAGUGGAUUUGAGAAUUCUUCGGUUGUACAGUGCCAUAUCCCCGAUAUGUGACAUACUUUUGGCUGGGUCUCGAUCUGUCGCAUUGCCGUUAUCUGGGAUUUGAUCAUGAUAAUAUAGUUUUCCUUCUGGUUUGAUUGGAAUUUACCGGAAUCUCCUCUCGCCACGAUGAAUCCCAGCAUGAUGGACUACUACAGCCGCAUGAUGCAGCACGAGCACAACAUGCGCAGCGGCCCCCCAGGGAUGCACGGCGGCCCACCUGGCUCCAAUCCCGAAGAGCGCGCCAUGGCCGCGGCCGCCGCCGCCCAGAUGGCGGCCGCCGGCGGUCCCAACGCCCCCAACAGCCAGGGAAGAGCGGGCCGCCAUGGCGGCCAUGUUCAAUGCCAGCCGCCUGGGCCUGGGCGGGCCGCCGGGCGGAGGCCCCCCGCCCAACCUACCCACGCUACCGCCCGAGGGCCUGCGGACGCCGCAGUUGCUGGAUGAAAUCCGCAAGGAGGUGGCCCAUCUGCAGGGGCUGUGUACGCGCUGGGAGCAGGAAUACGCCCGGCUGAACGCCGAGAAGAUGGAGUACCACCGCAGUCUCCUGCUGUACUAUGAAGUGGUCAAUGCCACGCAGAUGGAGGCCGCCAAGAACAAUGAGCAGGUCAAACGCCUGCACAAUGCCAUUAUGAUGGUUAUGCAGUAUCUGCCGCAGGAUAUGCAGAUGAACCUGCGGGUCCAUAUGGAACGGGCCAUGACGAUUGGGCCGGGCGAGAUUGCACAGUUGGCGGCUGGCGGUCCUCCUCAGGGUAUGAUCGGCCCCGGCGGCAUUCCCAUGGGCCCAGGCAUGGGCGGGAUGCCGCAUCCAGGGAUGCUCCCUCCGGGAUUCCCCGGCAUGGGACCCGGCGGGCCCAACAACCUUAGUCAGAUGCUGGCUAUAACCGGCAAUCCGGGCCUGCAUCCCUCAGUGUCCUCGGCGCCGCUGGCUCUCCUUCCCCCGCCUCCCAGCGAGCCGGGCCGGGCCAGCGAGCUGCAGAAUCGCGCCUCCGCCAUGUCGUCCAAUCAGGGCUCCUCCUUAUACAUGGAUCAUGAGCGACGCAAUUCCAUAUCGCCCAGCUCGCCACCGGAAAAGGACGCCAAUGAGGGCGGACGCCCUGGAGCUGGCGGUGACAAAGGAUCCGAACGACGCAAUCGUUCUCCGGAUGAUUCGAGUGACGAGUCUAACCAUGUCAAUAAUAACCGCUCCAAUGACAACCAUCGCAGCGGGAACAACAGUAAAAAGCAACGCGUGGGCGAGAAACUGCAGAAUUCGCACGGCGACGAUUCGGACAAUGACAGUGACGGAGUGGACGGGGAUUUGGUGGUGGAUGUGUCCAACGAUGAGGAUUCCUGCUCACCCGCGCCCAGAGGAAAUGCUGGCGCUGGUGGUGGGGGCCUGCAGCAGAACGGUGAGGUGGGCCACAAAGACGGUCCCGAACGAGAAACCGAGAUGAAUCAUCACGCUAGCAAGAAAGCCCACGAACGCCCCCACAGUCCGCGCAGUGGACGCUCCUCGGCGUCCAGCUCGACCUCAUCCAAGCGGGAAAUCAAUGAUAAAUCAAACGCAUUGCCUCUCCUGAAGACUUCCCCACCCAACGGUGGCCCGGCGGUACCUCUGAGCCAUAAACCCAAACCGCUGCCGAACAAUAACAGUAUGGGCGGACCGCCGUUCCCCUUCGACGCGGUCCCGCCGGGACCCGGUCCGAUGGGCAUCUACCCGUCGUACGGACCGUCUCCCUUCGGACGUCACGGUCCUUCCAUGGUGCCGACCAUGCCCGGUGGACCGUUUGAUCCUCAUGCACACGCUCGCGGUCCCAUGGGCAUGAGUCCGAUGGGAAUGGGUGGGCCUCCCAGUCGCAACGAUCGGGGCUUCUCGAUGCACAGCAUAGGUGACGGCCAGUUCACACCCACCCAGUUUCCUCCUGACGUGGCGUCACGGCCCGGCAUCCCGCGGGCACUGCACCGUGUCACCAGUCUCAGCCAUGGCGAGGUGGUGUGCGCCGUGACCAUCAGCCAUCCGACCCGCUACGUGUUCACGGGCGGCAAGGGCUGUGUGAAGAUGUGGGAUGUGUUCCCCAACGGGAACACCAGCGCCCCGACUCCUCCUCUGAAACCGGCACACGAAUUGGACUGUCUGGAGCGGUCCAAUUAUAUCCGCUCCUGUAAAUUGCUACCCGACGGCAAGACGCUGAUUGUCGGUGGGGAAGCACAGACGCUGACCAUCUGGGACCUCAACGGCAGCGGUACACCCAAGGUCAAAGGAAAACUGUCGAGCGAUGCACCGGCCUGCUAUGCGCUGGCCAUCUCCAAUGACUCCAAGUUGUGCUUUUCAUGCUGCUCGAAUGGGAAUAUCACCGUGUGGGAUCUGCAUAACCAGAAGGUCGUCUCGCAGUUCUGUGGACAUUCCGAUGGGGCCAGCUGCAUUGAUAUUUCCAGUGACGGGCAGCAACUGUGGACCGGCGGUCUGGACAACACCGUCCGCUCGUGGGACAUCCGCAGCAACAAACAGGAUGUGCAGAUGGAUUUCAAUUCGCAAAUCUUCAGUCUGGGCUGCUGCCCGACCGGCGAAUGGGUGGCCGUCGGGAUGGAGAACUCCACGGUGGAAGUGCUGAGCGUCAACGUGGCCAAACGCGACCGCUACAAACUGGAGCAGCACGAGUCCUGCGUGCUGUCGCUGAAGUAUGCCCAGUCCGGCAAGUGGUUCGUCUCCACGGGGAAAGACAGUAAGCUGAACAUCUGGACGAAUCCGCACGGGUUGAACGCCGUGUCCGAUAAGGAGCCGGCGUCGCUGCUGAGCUGCGAUGUGGCCGCCGAUGAUCGGUUCAUCGUCACCGGGGCGGGUGACCGGAAAGCCGUGUUGUACGAAGUCAUAUACUGAUCUGCGACACAUGAACGCGGAACGAUGGAAACGGACUGAUUAUACAGUUUCUCAUGCACCAAAGACAGUUUUCCCCGCAUGGUUUCUCUCUUUCUCCAUAUUUUUGAAUAUUUUGAACAUUAUGCUGGCGGUUGUCGGCCUGUCGCUCGCUUUAUCUCUUCGCUUUCUCUCGUGCACUGUAGAUCUGCUGUAGAAGCUCGUUUAUGCUGACCGCGUUUUUUGGGGCAGCUGCUUCCGUUUGUUGAAUCGAGUUACAACCCGGAGUUCGCUUUUAGCUGUUUUUAUCUUUUUAAUUCAACGUUUGUUUUUCAGUUUUUCAGCAUGGUAUGUUUGGUGUAUUGAAUAGUCGUUCUCAUCUGUUGGCCAGCGACUGUGUGCCGCACAGCUGUUUGUGGCUCGGCUGCGGUUGCUGGAUUUUGUCGGUAGCUACUUUUGACUUUUCCCGUUACAGUUCCUGUUCUUAGCAAUUUUUGUUUUUACACAUUUUAUCUGGUUUUAACGUUUACCGUUUUAUCUCUUGUUCAGUUAUUCAACUUAUCAUGGAAAUAAAGAAAUCUCUCUGA